GCCAUGCGCCCUGGCGCUCGACGAACACAGAAGAAGGGUUUCUUUGGAAGGAAGAUCGCUUGGGUCACUUAUACUCUCACUUUGAUCCAGAUCAUUGUCUUCAUCGUGGAGUUGGUCAAGAACGGUAGGUUCAUAGGAUCAGGAUCAAGGCAAUUAUGCUGACCGGCUCAGCUCAACUUACGGGAAGCCCGAUCGAAACUAAACCGUCAUUCAAUGUCAUGAUCGGUCCUUCUCCCUACCUCCAGAUCUACAUGGGAUCUCGAUACACUCCGUGUAUGAAGAAUACACCGGGCAUCCAGAAU